CGAAUUCACUUUCUCUAAACUCCCUUGUAAAAGCACCUGUGCAUUCUCCGUUAUAAUAUAAAUUGGUCUACAGGUGUUCCACCUAAAGUCCUACCGGUCAAUCUGCGUGUUUUUACCUUUCUUACUUUACCAAAUCAAGCAAACUAUUCUAGACCUGGUCUGGUAUAGUUUGACCGGUCAAGUAAUUUACACCAUCAUUUUUGGCGCCACCCGUGGGACCCUUAAGGUUUCUUCUCUUCUAAACACAAACCUACCCACAAAAACACCACUCAAAAUGUCUUCCUGUCAGCAAAUCAACGCUACUUCCACUCAGGUGCAAGCCACCAAUGAAGGUACCAGCAUCCCUGUGGCUGCUACCCUACCGGUCAUUUCGGCCCCAGUAUUGCCUUUGGGUCUGAGCUCUGUCCCAACACCUAGCGUGAUCAGCCCCUUCGCGACCCCCGUCCCUUCCGCUGGACCAAGGGUCACGUUCCCACCAAGCAUGACUCAGUUCAUGAAUGACCCAGCCAACCUACAAGCCAUCCAGGGCUUUGGCCAGGUCAUGGCCAUGUGCCAACAGAAUGGGGGGAUGCCUUUUCUCCCUGGUAUGUUCCCGUUCGCUCUUCUAGGCGCGGGAACCAUGCCCCUACAAGCUCCGAUGGCAGUGUCGCCGUUCCAGACGCCGAUGCCGCAGCCAUCACCUUUCCAGCCGCAGCUGGUCAGCACCAUGGCCCCUGUCAACUUGACUGGCGCGCUUAACGCUGCAGGGCCGUCGCGUCCCCCGCAAGGUGAGGUGCGGGAGGCCGAGCCUGCCCGCACCCGGUGCUCCCGGUCUAAUCCGCAGGAGCAAGCGCGGACGAGGGCCUCUCGUCAGGAAGAGGAAGCAGAGAGCCAGCCCAGGUUACUGGUGGCGAACCGGUUGACCAUCCCAAAUGACCGCGUCCAGCAGAUGGAGGCAAAACUGGAGAGGCUGGAAAAGAAGACCUUGCGGAACCGAGCCACUGAAUGGUUCAAUAAGCUUCGCUCAGGAAGCAUUGAUUCGUUCAGUGAUUUGGCCUCGAAAUUCAAGGCCAAGUUCCAGGAGAAUUGUACUAAGAGGAAGAAAUUCACCUAUCUUAGUACAGCCGGGCAGAGGGAGUCUGAGAACCUUACUCAGUUCCUUACCCGGUGGAAGGAAGAGGUAGACAAGGUGGAAGAGAUGGAUGACAAGACCGUCUUAUCCCUCUUCUUGAAUGGCUUGCGUGCCGGGGAACUAUACAAGGAGUUCUGCCGGAAACCCCCGACCACGCACCAAGAGGCCUACCAUACUGCAUGGGAGUUUGCUGAGGCUGAAACUCAACUCCGGGAAAAGAAAGAAGCUGAGCAUGGUUUCAAGCCCAACCCGGUGCAAGUCAAGAAGGAAGAAACACCGGGAUCCAGCCGGCCAAGGCACCACUAUGACCCGGUCGUUCGUAUGGUCAAUACGGAAGAAUGCCAAGAAAUCCGGAAAGCACCGGUCAUUCCUCCGGAAAACCCUACCGAUCAAACAGGGCGGCAGUGGUCGGGCACCUAUUUUUCGUACCACAGGUGGAGAUUCAGCCGCGCAGCGGAAGAAUGGGUCCGCAGCAUUUACGUUGGUGAGGUAAGCGCUGAACCGCCCAGGCGUAAGCAUACUAGGAGGGAGCCGAUCGUCUUUACUCACCGGGAUCUCCCUCCUACCGGUGAAGAUCACAAUGAUCCAUUGGUCAUCACCAUGGACAUUAAUGGGGUGGAUGUCGCCCGGGUACUUGUUGACAUCGACAGCAGUGUCAACAUCUUAUACGUGGAGACUUUCCAAAAACUCAGGUUGUGUCGGACACAACUUGAACCCCUGAAGACUCCUCUCUCGGGCUUCACGGGAGAUACAGUGGAAGCCGAAGGAUCCAUAGUUCUACCGGUCGAACUAGGAUCUGGUGAAAAAACCGUAUGGAAGAAGAUGCGGUUCAUAGUUGUGGACAUCAAAUGCGUCCACAACGCAAUUCUUGGAAGGCCAGGCAUCAAUAGAGUCGGGGUGGUGAUUUCCAUGCCUCAUCUAUGCAUGAAGUUCCACACUCUAGGUGGUGUGGGUAAGGUGAAGGGUGACCAGAGGAAUGCCCGGAAAUGCUAUGCCCGGUCAGUCAAGAAGAUGACCAAGGGGGUCAAUGUCAUCUCCCAAGAAAUCACAAAGGGAGAGACCGGGGAAAAAUUGGAGCCCGAGACGGUGGAAAUCGAACUUCACCCGGGUGAUUCUUCGAGGAUGGUCAGAAUUGGAGCAAAUCUCCCCGAGGAUCUCAAGGCAGAGAUUACACGGGUCCUCCAAGAAUACGCGGGCAUAUUCGCAUGGAGCGUGGCGGAUAUGCCCGGGAUAGAUCGCUCUGUUAUCUGCCACCGGUUGGCCGUAUCUCUCAACCACCCGGCUGAUAUGCGAGCCACAUUCGAUAUCAUGGCAAGGUACAACCUCCGGUUAAAUCCCAAGAAGUGCGUCUUCGCGGUUCGCACCGGGAAGUUCCUAGGAUUCAUGGUGACCAAGAGAGGAAUAGAGCCCAACCCAGAAAAAAUCCGGGCCAUCACUGAAAUGCAAGCCCCUACCUCCGUUAGGGAUGUUCAAAAGUUGACCUGUCGUCUAGCGGCCCUCAGCCGGUUCCUUUCCCGGUCAGUUGAGAGAUCCCUGCCCUUCUUCAAAGUUUUGAAGAAGGCCAACACAUUUGCAUGGGACGAAGAAUGCCAGAGGGCAUUUGAGGAGCUGAAAGAGUACCUAGCGUCGGAUAUUGUAUUGUCUAAACCCGAACCGGGUAAAACUCUGUAUCUGUACCUGGGAAUUUCCCCAAAUGCUGUAAGCUCCGUUUUAAUAAGAGAUGAUGGGGCACACAAGCCCAUUUAUUAUGUGAGCAAAGCACCAAACGGGGCUGAGAGUAGAGAUACGGCGAUGGAAAAGACAACCUAUGCGCUUUUCAUCUCCGCAAAAAAGUUAACAUCCUACUUCCAAGCUCACCCGGUGGAAGUCUUGACUGACCAACCGCUGGGUGCAGUGUUGCGAAAUUCAGCAUCAUCCGGGAGGAUGGUGAAGUGGGCGAUGAUGUUAACUCAAUUCAACAUUGAGUACCGGUCAAGGUCAGCAAUCAAGGGACAGGCCCUUGCUAACUUCCUGGUAGAAAUGACCGGUCUAACUCCAGGCCUACCUGCCAACAAACCCGCUGAGCAAUGGUGGGAGAUGGCAGUUGGUGGAGCAUCCGGUCCUAGAGGAUACGGGGGUUGUAUCGUGUUCAUCACCCCAGAAGGGUUCAAGAUCUACCAUGCAAUCGUCUUCAACUUCAAGCUGACGAACAAUGAGGCAGAAUAUGAAGCUCUCGCUGGAGGGCUCAGGCUUGCCCAAGCCCUGAAAAUCAGCCGGGUCAGUAUCAAAUCUGACUCUAGCCUGAUUGUUGGGCAAGUGACCGGUAACAUGGAAGCAAGGGAAGGACGCAUGGCACAAUACAAGGAGCUCGUGCUCGCCUUGUUGAAAGGCUUCGAGGAAUUCAAGAUCGCCCAAAUUUCCCGGGCGGAGAAUGCGGAUGCAGACCUUCUCUCCAAGUUGACGCAGUAUGCUCCCGAGCAUGUUUCAAAACUUGCCCGGGUGGAAAUCCUGGAUCGAGCCAGCAUUGAAAAAUUAGAAGUCGCCGCUAUAACAGCCGGAAGCCUAUCAGACUGGUCAAACCUGGUCGGGGCGGACGACCAUUGGAUAUGUGAUCUGAUGGAAUAUUUGAUGGAUGGGAGCUUGCCAGAACAAGAUGACCGGGCAAGAAAAGUGAAGCUCAGGGCACCCCGAUUCCAAGUUCUUGAUGGCCAGCUGUAUAAAAGGGCAUUCGGGGGGCCACUCCUGAGAUGUCGAACUAACCGGGAGGCUGAGCGAGUCAUAGCGGAGGUCCACGAAGGCGUGUGCGCGGUGCACCAAAUGUCCCGUACGCCUUCCCAGCGCAUCAUCUUAUUGGGGUAUUACUGGCCAACAAUUGUCCAGGAUUGUGAAAGGUAUGUUCAGAAAUGCAGAACAUGCCAAGUGUUCUACAAGUAUCCGGGUAGACCGGCGACCUACUAUCACCCCGUAUCGAAUUUCAUCCCAUUCGCUAGAUUCGGGGUUGAUAUCAUUGGAGCCUUCCCAGUCGCCCAAGGAGGGAAGAAGUUCGUAAUCGUAGCCAUCGAUUACUUCACCAAAUGGAUCGAGGCCGAAGCAUUGGCCAACAUCACCACGCAGCAAUGCAAGAAAUUCAUUUGGAAGAACAUCAUCACGAGGUUUGGAGCGCCCAUGAACCUCAUCACCGACAACGGCCCACAAUUCCGAAAUCCAAGAUUCACCGAAUACUUGGAGGGCUUCGGAAUCAAGCACAAUCGCUCUUCGGUGGCGUAUCCCCAAGGAAAUGGCCAAGUCGAAAACGCUAACAGAACUAUCGUAGAUGGUUUGAAGAAACGGCUGGGAAAAGCAGGAAACAAAUGGCUAGAAGAGCUCCCGCACAUCAUAUGGGCAUUCCGAGUAACACCCAGGAGGGCUCAUGGGGAAACUCCAUUCUCCCUAACCUAUGGGUGUGAAGCAUGGCUGCCCAUCGAAGCUGAAUUCCCAACGUUCCGGGAAUCAAAUUAAUAGCCCCAACAAAAUGAAGAAGACCAUCUAGCCGAGCUCAACUUGGUCGAUGAACGAAGGAUGGCGGGAGAGGUGAGGAUGAGUACAUACCAACAAGUUGUGAAGAAGUACCAUGACAACAAGGUUGGGCCGCGAUACUUCCAAGUUGCAGAUGAAGUCCUACGAAGAAGAGAGGCAAGUAGACCAGGCGAUGGAGGAAAGUUGGCAAAAAAAUUGGGAAGGCCCAU